UUAUAACUGUGCCGCUUAAAGAAUUACCCAACCUCUCUCCCUCGCAAAUCACACAUCGCGGGGCUAGCCAUGGACUCGGAAAACAUCCAGGCACAAGCGCCGCAGGAGGCCCCCACGAAGAAUGGUGUCCCGCCAUCUGACCACACCGAGGAGCCUCCCGCCAAGAAAGCGAGAUUAGAUGAUGCGACGACGACGACGACGUCGUCGUCGGGUGAGAAGGCUCCCACUGACGCUCGUGACGCGCGUGAUGCGCGCGAUCAGCGGAGAGGCUACGCCCCCGUCAAAGCCGAGUUUAUCAUCCAGAAGCCCGAAGCGAGCGCGCCCGCACCCCAAGCGGAUCCCGACGACGCGGCCGAAGCGGCCGGCUACGACGAGCGCCAGGACGAUAGGGAUAAGAAGGGCGGGAAGAAAAACAAGGCCGCUGGAGGAGCCAAUUACCGUCGCGAUUUUGGAAGGUCGCACGAUGCCAAGGGACUCUGUUCCAGCAGGAUGUUUGCGCCCGAGUUCUCGCCUGCGAAGUGCGGGUUUGGCGAGAAGUGUCGCUUUGAGCAUGACCUGCGCACGUAUCUCAAGGAUCACAAGCGAGAGGAUCUGACGGUGUUCAAUGGAGUGUGUCCUGUUUGGGAGGCCAAGGGAAAGUGCUUUUCAGGCUGGAAGUGUCGCUUUGUCGGAUCGCAUAUGGUUGAGCGCGACACCGAGGACGGGCGGAAAGAAUUGGUCUUGACUGAGGACGAGGAGCGCAAGAAGAAAGCGCAGCCGGUAUUGCCCUUUGUCAACGAGGAGGGUCUCGCGAACGUGAUUUCCAUGGAUGAGAAGAUGGCUUUGUCUCGGCGCAAGGUCGAUGUCUCUCGGUCCGAUACAUAUAUCUCGUGGCAACUCGAGCAGGAGAAGGUGGACAAGACAAUGACUCAGGCGCAGAAGGAUGACAAGGAGGAGUAUCGCGCCCGCUAUGUGGAGCCUCCGUUCCUGCCGUCGGAGAAGAGACGCCUGUACUUUGGCCCGGAGACUCCAGCUCUGGCGCCGCUGACGACGCAGGGCAACCUUCCUUUCCGACGGGUGUGCACGGAGCUCGGCGCCCAGCUGACCUACUCGGAGAUGGCGAUGAGCAUGCCACUGAUCCAAGGCAACAAGUCAGAAUGGGCGUUGCUGAAGGGACAUGAAUCUGAAAUGCUUCCCCCCACCGUCUCAGGGAAGGACAUCGUCCAGGGCUACGACAACACGAAGGAUCUCAAGUUCGGAGCCCAGAUCGCAUCAAACAAGCCCUGGCAAGCGUACAAAGCCACCGAAGUUCUGUCGCGCUUUACACCCAACCUGCGUGUCAUUGACUUGAACUGCGGCUGUCCGAUCGAUCUUCUCUUCCGUGACGGAGCCGGAUCCGCGUUGCUCGAGCACCCGUCUAAGCUGGAGAAGAUUCUCCGCGGUAUGAACGCCGUGUCCCAGGAAAUCCCCAUUUCCGUCAAGAUCCGCAUGGGAACUAGAGACAACGCCCCGAAUGCUCUGAAACUGGCCGAGCGCCUCCUCCUAGGUGGCUUCGAGUCCCACCAGCGCGACGCCGGACCUCCGGGUAUUGCCGCUCUCACUCUCCACGGCCGCAGCAGGCAGCAGCGGUACACUAAACUGGCCGACUGGGGAUAUAUCUCUGAGUGCGCCGCCCUUAUCAAGCGGCUAAACCAGAAGACCGACGAAGUCGCCGACACUAUCCGGGAGCCAGACGCUCGGCACCAGCCCAACGGGGGCAAGACCUACUUCCUCGGAAACGGCGACUGCUACUCCCAUGUGGACUACGACAACCAUAUCAACAAUGCUGGGGUCGACAGUGUGAUGGUUGGUCGUGGCGCGUUGAUCAAGCCGUGGGUCUUCGAGGAGAUCCAGACCGGACAGUACCUGGACAAGUCGGCCACCGAGCGUCUGACACACAUUGAGAAAUUCGCCAAGUAUGGAUUGGAGACGUGGGGAUCCGACGAACACGGAAUUGGCACAACGAGACGCUUCUUGUGCGAGUGGCUGAGCUUCACGUAUCGCUAUGUGCCCAUCGGCUUGCUCGAGUACCUGCCGCCGAACAUCCAAGAUCGGCCGCCGCUUUGGCGCGGUCGGAAUGAGUUGGAGACGCUCUUGGGAAGUCCCAACUACAAGGAUUGGAUUAAGAUCACUGAGAUGUUCCUCGGUCCCGCCCACAAGGAUUUCAAGUUCGAACCUAAGCACAAGUCGAAUGCCUACGAAGCGGAGGGUUAAGCAUUGCGCGUAUAUAGAUUUACAUAAACUAAAGAUGGGGAAAC